AUGCUGAAUAGAGCAGUUGCUUCUGCAGUUUCUCCAGUCUCCUCUUCUUCUUCUUCCUCGUUGGCUCUCUUACGCAACUCGAAACCUUUCUUCUCAGUCAAAAACCUCUCCGGAUUCCGAUCUUCCUCCUUCUCCGGCGGCUUCAUUCGUAGAAUCGGCCAUAAGCCUAUCCAAAUGACGAGUCCCAAUUUGACCCCGAGAGCCAUGGCAACGCAGCAGCUCGAGAACGCCGAUCAGCUCAUUGAUUCCGUCGAAACUUUUAUCUUCGAUUGCGAUGGAGUAAUUUGGAAGGGAGAUAAAUUGAUUGAGGGAGUCCCUGAAACUCUUGAUAUGCUACGUGCCAAGGGGAAGAGGUUGGUUUUUGUCACGAACAAUUCGACAAAGUCUAGGAAACAAUAUGGCAAAAAGUUUGAGACUCUUGGUCUGAAUGUUAACGAGGAGGAGAUAUUUGCCUCUUCGUUUGCUGCAGCUGCAUACUUGCAGUCUAUUAAUUUCCCAAAAGAUAAGAAGGUCUAUGUGAUUGGUGAGGAGGGUAUAUUGAAAGAGCUCGAGCUUGCUGGUUUUCAAUACCUUGGAGGUCCGGAUGAUGGUAAAAGGCAGAUUGAAUUAAAGCCAGGAUUUCUAAUGGAUCAUGAACAUGAUGUGGGAGCUGUGGUCGUUGGAUUUGAUCGUUAUUUCAACUACUACAAAAUUCAGUAUGGAACACUCUGUAUCCGCGAAAACCCGGGGUGUCUUUUCAUUGCUACAAACCGAGAUGCUGUCACACACCUUACUGAUGCUCAAGAAUGGGCAGGUGGUGGCUCUAUGGUUGGUGCUCUUGUUGGAUCCACUCAACGUGAGCCUCUUGUUGUUGGAAAACCCUCAACUUUUAUGAUGGACUAUUUAGCAGACAAAUUUGGAAUCCAAAAGUCACAGAUAUGCAUGGUGGGUGAUAGGUUAGACACUGACAUUUUGUUCGGGCAGAAUGGUGGUUGUAAAACUCUUCUCGUCCUCUCAGGUGUUACUUCAAUCUCAAUGUUGGAAAGUCCUGAGAACAAGAUACAACCAGAUUUCUACACUAGCAAGAUUUCUGAUUUUCUUUCCCCUAAAGCAGCUACUGUAUAA